AUGUUUCGAACAACGAAUGUUUUAAAAGUGUUUUUUCCACUUACCAUACUGUGUUUAGGCUCCUGGUCAUGGGAACUGUCAAGUUUAUCUUCACCACCAUCAAGGAGAAACGUCACCUAUCACUUUCGUGCUGGUGCAAGUAUAAAUCUAACAUGUGGAGAAGAAUAUAACUUGAAACCGACUCUUGUAGUAUGGCAUGGUCCUUCGAAUAAGACGAUAUCUGGACCGACGUUAUUACUGAAUAAUGUCAAUGUUUCCCAGUCUGGCGAAUUCUACUGUCAGCUGUUCAAUAAUAGUGACUUAGUCUUUCAUCAAUCGAUAUUUGUUGUUGUCCAAGAUAAACCAUCCCAUCCAAUAUCAAUACAUAUCCACGCACUUUCGGAAAGCUCAUUGAAUGUUUCUUGGAUUGCUGGGAGUAGUCAAAAUAGUCCUAUUUUACUUCAUACAGUUUACACACAUGAUGAAACUGAUCUAGUUUCACAGAAAAACGUUUCGUUCCCACUUUCUGGUACAACGCUUCAUAAUUUAAAGCCUUACACGUGCUAUACUUUGUUUGUUCGUGCUCUAAAUGACAUUGGGUGGAGUGACUUCACUAGUCCCAGACAUUCAUUGACUCUUCCAGGUUUGCCUGUUUCACAGCCAAGGGUUCAUGUCGUCAAUGUGUCAAGUCAUUCCGUUUUCAUAGACGUUGACGUUAUGCAUCUUCAAGAUGUAAACCCGGAUAAUGCCAAGAGAUGUUCAAAUCAGGAUACCCGUUUCGCAACGUCACUUCUUGGCCCAUUACUGGGCUACAUCGUUACUGUUGCCACUACUCAGCCUUAUGUACUUGCCUCAAGAAGUCUACAUAAUGCCUCUUCAUCUUACUCACAGGUUUUGGUAAUAUCUCCGUUGAAGCCAUUCACGAGAUACAACCUAUCAUUCGCUUUUUGGAAUGGUCGUUUUACAGGCCCUUUUUCUUCACUUGCCGUUUCAACAGCGGAAGGAAUUCCAGGAGAAACUAGGAUAGUAAACUUCAAGAGUUCACCCAAUUCAGUGUUAAUUAAUUGGGAAAAUGAAGCUGUCCCCGUAGGAAAGAUAAUUGCUUAUAAACUAGAGUUACAUGCUUGCCCUCCAAACAACACUGUGAAUCCUAGAAGACUGAGAACUGUUCAACUGGAUGCGACACUUCUUCAUUUUGUGUUUGAGAAUCUGGAUCCUAACACGUGUUAUAUCGUUCGUAUAGCGUCUGCUACAAAAGCCGGAUUCGGGAAUUUUAGCAAACUUAAAGUUUACACAGAAUCUAAAGCUCCAUCACCACCUAUUGUUGUUAGCGCUUCCUUUUUGGAAACAAAAGAGGUUCUAGUAAACUGGACGUGUUCAAAUGAAUGUUCAUCUACGGUAAAUAGUCCAAAGUUUUCUGUUUGUUGGUACUUUCAAUCUUUUCCUUUUGAGCAAAAAUGUUUACGCACUCAGACAUCAAAUAAAAUGAAGUCGGCUUAUUGUUAUUGUGAUGAACAUCAAGAAUUUCAAUGGACCACUUUCCCAUUGUCCACUUUUGAAGAAGCAAGAUCUGAUCGAAUAAUCUUCACUGUUCGUUCAAAUAUACCUAGAAUAAACUGCACUGAUUCCGUGAACUGUGAACUGCAAAGUGAAGACUCCAACAUAAUAAUUCUAGAUCUUUCUUCACUACGACGUCUUCAAGUUACACCAAAAUAUCUUCCCAAAUUCGAUAAUGUUGCAAUUGGUGGAAUAGUGUCAAUAACUCUUCUAAUUUUCUUCUGUGUGAUAAUUGCAGCAUGUUUUGCAAGUCGAGUGCAUUCUUUCACUGUCAUGUGUCAUGGAACCGCUUCUUGCUAUCGCAAAGCAGAUACAUCGGCUAAAUACCGUCGUGCCAUACCAUUUCGUCUCAGCAAAAGCACGUACAAGGCUAUUUCAAGCACUGAAUUUCGUGUCCAUGUUGAUGCUUGUCAUGCUGAUGAUGAUGCUGGAUUCCAAGCUGAGUUCGAAGCAUUGGAGCAGAAUGUACAAACAGACUGGUCGACAUCUGUUGCUCGAUCAUUAGAAAAUAUCUCAAAAAAUCGAUAUUCCAACAUUUUGGCAUAUGAUCAUUCAAGGGUCAUACUUAAAGAAACUGGCACAAAAAGUGACUAUAUCAAUGCUAACUAUGUGGACGGCUAUCAUCGUCGUGCAGCAUAUAUAGCUGCUCAAGGUCCUAUCCCUUCUACAUUUGAUGAUUUUUGGUUGAUGGUAUGGGAACAAACUUGCAAUGUCAUCGUUAUGAUAUCUAACUUUGUUGAACGUGGUAGACGGAAAUGUGACAAGUAUUGGCCUAGUUCAGGUCAUCAAACGUAUGGUAACAUUUCAGUUCGUAUGGUUUCCGAAGUUGUACGGGCUUUUUUCACUAUUCGAGUCUUCUCAAUCCGCCACAUCAAAGCCAAACGUGGUUCUAAAGAUCGUUUAGUCUAUCAUUAUCAGUACACAGAUUGGAGGGAUUUUGAUGUACCUCCAUCUCCUCUUCCUGUACUUAAAUUUGUUGAAGCCUCAAUUACCCACUGGACAUUUGAGAAAGGUCCAAUUGUUGUUCACUGCAGUGCUGGUGUUGGUCGGACUGGCACUUAUAUUUGUAUUGAAAGUUUGAUACGUCAACUGAGAGUGGAACGAGCCGUUUCUGUUCGAGGAUUUCUAGAGCAUAUACGUCAACAACGCAUGAAACUUGUGCAAACAGAACAACAGUAUGCCUUUAUUCACGAUGCAUUACGUGAAUACAUUCUCUAUCCAUGUCAUUCCAUUCGUCCACUGCACUUCAGUGACUACCUGAGACAUUUAUAUGAACUAGACUCCUCUGGUAUGUCGAAUAUGCAGAAACAGUUUGAAAUGUGUAUGGAUUUCGGAUACGAUUCUAGUGGUUCUAUCCACUCACCAUCUUCACUCAUGGAUCAAACGAAAUUGCCUAUAUCUACAGGCGCUUUCGAUAGUUUGGGUAUUGACUCUUCCGUUCUUCAUGGGUUCUUGAAUGUCUGUGAGUACAUUGUUACCCGCCAUCCACUAGGUAACAAUGCAACUGAUUUCUGGAAAGUGGUUUGGGAUUCCAAUUCAUCGUUGAUUGUAUGUUUAUCUGACCAAAAUCUAUCACCGUUUUGGCCUGAUGAAAUUGAGCAAACAAGAACUAUUGGUUGGUUGCACAUAAACUUUGUCCGUAAAGAGCAAUACAGCGAUUCAUUAGUGCAAUUCCAAUUCUUACUGACAUCUGAUCGAGAGGACUAUGCCCUAGCUUGCACACUAUGGCGGUUUAACAACUGGCCAUCUGUUGAAUUAGAAAAUCCUCGUGAGUCCAGGAUCGUGUCCGAAUUGCUUGAACUGGCAUCACAUUUAACGGAAGAGGAUGCAGAACUACCAAGUUCAUCUGCUCCUAUUGUUUUAGUUGAUGACACUGGCGGCUACCGUGUAGGCAUAUUCUGUGCAAUUCGUAUUCUCAUCAAUGUUAUGUCUUCAACGUCCACGUAUGUUUCGAGGCUAUCUGCCAGCCUCCUAGGUAUGUCCACUCGUGAAACCCCGGCAUCAGUAUCAGCGAUUCGUAAUCCUAAUAGCCAAUUAGCUGGUCUUCCUCCAAGACCACCUCUAUCAGAUGCUGCUCUAUUCUCUUUGGUGUUAACUGUUCGUGAAUCUGGUAGACGUUUAGCAAUGAGUGAUUAUGCCAUAGCCACUGCUUGCACAAUUUUGCAUCGAGCCUUACGGGUUCUCACUACAGGGGAUGAACAACCCAAUCCAGCAGUCACUGCUUCCAACUCAGUUGUCAAUGGAUCUGAUUCAAUUUCUGGUUUUGAUUGUAUUGACCAGUCUUUUAAGCAUAGCUUGGGAGAUAUUGACCCACAUACGAUAGCUAUGGCUUCUAUCAGUCUUGGAGGCAAAGUACAAGAAGAGCACCAACGACUUCGCGAUGUGAUUGUUUCUUAUUACAGAACUCUUCAUAAAAACCGUAGAAGUCCUCUGGAAGUUGGAGAUGAUUAUGACCGUUUACGAGAAAGUCUUGUUCAAACAGAAUUAUUUUUGAUGCGUUUGUUGGCUUAUCAUGUCCGUCGUCCUUCCUUACCGCAUCCAUAUUUGGUUCACUACCUACAUUCGUUACUUCAUUGGGUUGGAAAAGGAAUCGCACAACCGUGUGGAACUGAUUUAAAUACUGUUGGGAAUUCUUUAAAUGGAUCUGCAAUUGCUUUGGCACGACUUCCUGGUUUGGCUUGGUCGAUCCUAGCAGACACUUAUCAGUCAUCUAUGUGUUUGGAUUUUGCUCCCGAGCAUAUUGCUGCUGCUGUAUUACACUUAGCUUUGCGGAUAGCCGGCGUUGAGAUUCCUGGUAAUCGACAUUCCGAAAUGGCUUGGUGGCAGGCUAUUUCAGAUAGUUUAUCACGUGAAAUAGUUGAACAAAUACAACUUCGUGUAAUGGAUAUUUAUGCAGUUGAUGAUAAAUUGAAAGCUAGUUCAAUGAAUCGUUUCGCUGAUGACUUCUGA